UUGUAAAUACGCGUCCCCUCAGCUUAAAGCGGUCAGAAGAAGAACCGCAGGACAAUCUUCACACGAACUUCAGACAACUUUUUACGACACAAAACGAUCCAUUAGGGAACGUAAAAAGCAGCCGAGAGUCUCCAGCGAUGGUCGAGGUGUUUUCAGGCCGGACGCUCGUGAAUAAAGAGGGGGAUUUGGUAGAGCCGGAGGAGGCGCUCCGGAAUAAGGUUGUGGGUCUGUAUUUCUCCGCCGGCUGGUGCCCGCCCUGCAGGGACUUCACUCCGCUGCUCUGCGACUUUUACACGGAGCUGGUGGAGGAGACCGAACCUCCAGCACAAUUCGAGAUCGUGUUCAUAUCCUCAGAUAAAUCCACCGAGGACAUGGUGGAGUAUUAUCAUGACAUGCACGGAGACUGGCUGGCGUUACCCUGGACAGACCCAUACAAACAUGAACUGAAGAAGAGGUACAACAUCACUGCCGUCCCAAAGCUGGUGAUCGUGAAGGAGAACGGUCAGGUCAUCACUGACAAGGGCCGAAAGCAGAUCCGGGAUCAGGGGCUGGCCUGCUUCAGGAGCUGGAUCGAGGUGGCAGAGAUCUUUCAGAACUUUAAAGGCUAGAAAUUAGGAGGGAAAUCCUUCUCUCCGUUUACAAGGGCUCUUUCUAUUUUAUGCAACAAGCUUUAAACCAGUCUAUUCAGGUUAACAAUCCACAUGACUGGUCAAAUCAACAAUGCAUUGGUUUGACUUGCUUGUCUGUGUUGUGGUAGUAAAUCAGAUCAUUUUUGACAGGUAGUGUAUAUUUAAGAUGCUUUUGCUAUUUAUUUUUAUACAGCUGCUUUUCUAUUAUAUUUAUACUGUAUGACUCUCCUCUGAUUAAAUGGAUAGUUCACCCAAAAUAAUUAAAAAACUAAUUAAUCACUCGCAAGUGGUUCCUAACCAAAAUUAGUUUCUCCUGCUGAACCCAAAAGAAGAGAUUUUGAUGAAUGUUGGAAACCAGUAAUCAUUGACUUCCAUAGUAUUUGUUUUUCCUACUGUGGAAGUCAAUGGUUAACGGUUUCCAACAUUUGCCCAAAUAUCGGAAACUGGUAACCAUUGACUUCAAUAGUAUUUGUUUUCCUACUGUCGAAGUCUAUGUUUACCGGUUUCCAACAUUUGCCCAAAUAUCGGAAACAGAUAACCAUUGACUUCCAUAGUGCUUGUUUUUCCUUCUCUGGAAGUCGAUGGUUACUGGUUUCCAACAUUCAUCAAAAUAUAGUAAACCAGUAACCAUUGACUUCCAUAGUAUUUGUUUUUUCCCGCAGUGGAAGUCAGUGGUUUAGAUUAGAUUAGAUUAGAUUCAACUUUAUUGUCAUUACACAUGUACAAGUACAAGGCAACGAAAUGCAGUUUAGGUCUAACCAGCAGUGCAAUAGCAGCAAGUGCAGGAGACAGGUAUAAGUUAUAAAGUGCAGUUAUAGAAAAACUAUGGUGAUAUUUACAGAUGGAUGUACUAUCAACAUUAUAUACAGGUUGUAUUAGCCACCCGCUGCAGUGCCUUACGCUCAGCAACAGAGCAGCUUCCAUACCAGACUGUGACGCAGUUGGUCAGGAUGCUUUCUAUUGUGCAUCGGUAGAAGUUCACCAAGACGGCUGAUGAAAGCUGGUUCUUCUUAAGUUGCCUCAAGAAGAAUAGGCGCUGGUGAGCCUUCUUGACCAGGCUGGAGGUGUUGGUGGUCCAGGAAAGGUCCUUAGAGAUGUGGGUCCCCAGGAACUUGAAGGAUGAGACAGGCUCAACGGUCAUCCCAUUAAUGUGGAUGGGAUCAUGCGAGCCUGUUCGUCCCUUCCUGAAGUCCACAAUGAGCUCCUUGGUCUUGCUGGUGUUAAGGAGCAGAUUAUUGUCGGUGCACCAGGUGGCCAGAUGCUGUAUCUCCUCCCUGUAGGCAGUCUCAUCAUUAUUGCUGAUUAGACCAAUCACUGUGGUGUCAUCUGCAAAUUUGAUGAUGGUGUUGGAUCUGUUCACAGGCCUACAGUCGAUGGUAAAAAGGGAGUAGAGGAAGGGGCUCAGCACGCAGCCCUGUGGUACACCAGUGUUGAGUGUGACGGUGGUGGAGCAGAUGUGGCCUGAUCUAACAUUCUGAGGUCUGUUAGUCAGAAAGUCCAUAACCCAGUUGCAGAGAGACGCGUUGAUAUCCAGGUCUCUGAGUUUGAUCAGUGGUUACCAGUUUUCAACAUUCAUCAAAAUAUCAGAAACCGGUAACCAUUGACUUCCAUAGUAUUUGUUUUUCCUACUGUGAAAGUCGAUGGUUACCAAUUUCCAACAUUCGUAAAAAUAUUGAAAACCGGUAACCAUUGACUUCAAUAGUAUGUUUUUUCUACUGUGGAAAUCGGUGGUUACCAGUUUCCAACAUUCGUCAAAAUUUCAGAAACCGGUAACCAUUGACUUCAAUAGUAUUUGUUUUACCUACUGUGGAAGUUGAUGGUUACCAGUUUCCAACAUUUGUCAAAAUAUCUUCUUUUGUAAAGGGAGAGAAAAUAAAGACCAAAAUAUUUAUUUCUGUGUAAACUAUCCCUUUAAUUAAAUGAUUCUGAAUUGUGUGUGUGUGUGUGCGUGUGCGUGCGAGUGUAUGAGCAGCAGGUGUUUACUGGAUCUGUUGUUAUGGAUCAUCAAAAUGCCUCUUGUUCCUCCGUGUCUCAUUAAAACUCACAGAUCCUC